GACGCGACGAACAUUAUAUGAGAGAGAGCACAACCUGUGACCAACUGACUUUUCCUGGGAUCAAUGGCAAUGUGUUUAUGAGGAUAUCAACGUAGUUCAAAUCUGGAGGUUCUGACCUUCUGUGCCCUUAAUAUUACGACAACUAGCCCGGCAGAAGAUGUGGUGUUGACCAAUGUGUCGGUUCGAAUUGCUGGGAUCCACCAUCUUGCUAUUUCACGCCAUCUUUGGGAGGAAAGGACAGACUUAUAACUCUAAGUCACCAUGUUACACGAGAUCAUCCUCUCCCUCAGCGGCCAUCCCUCUCCCCUCCUUACAGCCGGCAGUUCAAAUGGGUCCUCCGACCUCCUCUCACCCCCCGAGAAGGCCCUCCUAGCCUCCAUUGCACAUCUUAGUAACUUGCAUUGCAAGUUGCUUUCCCAUACGGAUAGCAUAUCUUCCAGAAGCCAAUCCAGCAUCUGCCAAGCCGUCGCAACGUCAAUCCGAUCCACACACCUCGUUAUGUUCCAGCAGAAGGUUUUGGAUGUGGAAAGCAGUAUCCUUCAGAAGGACUCUGGAAUUGUCGGCGCUUACAAUGUAGUCCCACUCACUGCUAUUACUGGGCAGUUUUUAGAAUGGACCAGACGCAUGGAAUGGUUCUGGGAGAUUACAGAAUUUAUGGAAACGGAUGGUUGCACAGGGUCUGGCAUUAUUAACAGGCUAUGUGUUGAGAUGCAGACGGGGUACUCAGACAUUGAGCAGGUUGCGUCAAGUCUUGUGCAGGUUGCUGAGAGCGCUUGGCUCAAGCAAGCAUCUUGCUGGAUUUUACAUGGGCGCCUCCCUGCCUUCGGCGAACACGAUUUUUUUGUCUUUGAAGGAGAAAACGGUGAGUACGAGAUAAAGCAGGAAUUACGUCCAGACUUCAUAAGUAGGUCAACAGCAAGUUCGAUUCUGUUCGUUGGGAAAUCACUCACGCAGAUUCGAACCAAAAACGCCAAGUCUGCAACCAGCAUCGCGGCUCUCCUUCCAAAGCACUUGCAACUACUAUCAUCAAUCCCAUAUCCCAUCUCGACAUCCAAUCUCUCGACUUGCAUCACGUCAAUUCGAAAGAGCCUUUCACAAUCUGCUCUCCAGGAGUUACUACCUCUCUCAAAAAUCAUACAAAUUCUAGCGUUAUUCCAUGAUUUCUUCUUGCUCAGCCGCGGAGAGUUCGCGGUUGCGAUAAUAAAUGAAGCGGAUGAGAAGAUAAGGUCCCGAUGGCGCCGAUCAGAUAACCUAGCCUUUGAGAAACGAAGUGGACUAAGCGACGUUGUUGUUAAGGAAGGUGAGGUGGCAGCAGUGCUGGCACGUACGUGGGCAGCAAUAUCAGCUCUACAUGGUCUGAAUGACGAGGAUGAGGAUCAAUUAGAACUUGCCAGGAGUUUGAUGGAUCUUCGAAUCGUGAAGCCCAAAAAAGAAGAUGCGAGCUUGUCCAAAGCAAACCCGACGCCAUUCAGCACCUUGCUUUUAUCAGUCCCAACUAGUUUAUCGUUGAAGAUACCAUCACCACUGGACCUAUUUUUAACUUCGAAAGAAGUAGAUAUAUACGCAGACAUCCAUACUUACCUUCUUUGCAUCCGUCGGGCGCAUAUACGACUCUCCGACUUGUGGAAAAUCACAUCUCUUCGGAGAGACCACCCUCCACCACCUCCACCGCCACUCGGAAGCACACCCCAUGGCCGAGCAGCAACAAUAAAGUUGCGUCAACGUGGGAAAUCACGGAGUAGGCAAAUGCGUAGGGUGUGGGCAACAAGUAGCGCCGGAUUAUAUCUCCUUGGCGAAUUAGAGGCAUACUUCCACGGCGAGGUCGUGAAGGGGACUUGGGAGAGCUUACAGGAGUGGCUAAAUGGCCCUAUGCCUGCUUCAGCAUCGACAUCAGGCGCGGUUCCAGGUGCGGAUGAAGAUUCCGAUGAGGAUAUUUGGGCAGCUGCUGGAAAAGAGCUACCAGACACCAAACCCAACGACCAUUCUCACGACCCCCAAACUAUCUCAGUUGCCCAUCAACGCUACCUUUUGUCUCUCAAACACCAACUUCUACUCACCUCGCCAUCCUUCACCGAUCCCUUAUUCCAACUUCUGCAACAGAUAGACCACCUUGUUGCACUGGUACAUCGGAUUAACUCGGUUUGGUCAUCGCUCGAUCUCGAAACAGAUGAAGGUGUCAUCGACGCAUUCUCUGACUUCCACAAGGAGGAGACAGACGUUCAAGGCCAACUUGUAUUGGCGGCGCAGAACGUAAAGGAAGCCAUCAAUGUGCUGAUCCUGAGCUUGAGAGAUAUAGAUCUUGACGUUGAAGGGCGAGAGAAGAGGCUUGAGCAGCUUGAGGCGGAGAUUGUGGAUGUGGACCUGAGUGGGGAGGAUAUUUAUAAACCUAGGAAGGUUGGGAGGGUCGAUAGACUACUGAUGAAACUAGAUUUUGGAGGAUGGCUUGCUCCAUUAGAUACCGACGAAGGAGACUUCGAGUAAAUGCUAUGUCUGGAACAAGUGUGGGGAUAUAUUGCUGUGGGGCUACAGGGCUGUGUAUGACUUUAAUGAACC